GCCGCCCGCAGGGGCUGCCCGCUGUGGGCGGCGGGGCGCCCCCGCCGAAGGCGGCUUGGGCGCCCCCCGCGCGCCGCGGGCGGCGGGCGGCAGCGCCGGCCAGCCCUGCGACCACCUGCGAGCUCUGCCCCCGGCGCGUCCCGCUGGCGGUGGGGGAUUCGGACGGGAGACCACGCGGCGAGGGAGACCACGCCGGGGGCGCCACUGGUGUGCCUGGCCGAGGGGAGGGGCCAUACGAGGCAGGCGUGGCCCUCCCGUGCAAGUUGCUGAGGGGUCGUUGCGCGCAGGCCUGGUCCAACACCCGAUUUCUCACCCUUCCCCUUCGGCCUCCUGCCUCCCCCCCUCCCCUGUAUAUAGCUGGCUCUCCGCGCUUUUCCCUGGGGCGCUCGGCCUUCGACGAGUCAUCUGGAGUGGUCUCUGCAGCCGAAGACUUGGCCGUGCCGCUCUGGAACCCAGCCCUGCGAAAGCAGGGCCCGCGAGGACCUCGCGCGCGCGCCAGAGGAGACCCAAAACCGCCCGAUCUCCUCGCUGCCCCCCCGCCGCCCUCCCCUGGGGUGCACGAAAGAGCGCGGGCAGCGCGCGACGGUCCUCCCGCGAGGGCUGGGACGGCUGCCCCCCUGACUGCCGGCCGCUCUGGAGCCAAGCCCUGCGAAAGCAGGGCUCGCGAGGACGUCGCGCGCGCCAGAGGAGACUCA